UUUUUUUCUCUAAUGCCUCUCACAUCUCAUCCGACCCAUUUCUCCUGAGUGGGUUCUUCUUGUAAAAGUGGUUAAACCCAGGAGUAGGUAAUAAGAGACCAGGGACCAAAAGAAAAUUUCCUUCUUUUCUCAAUAAAAACACCAUUUUUUUUUGGCUAUUGGUUUAGUGUUGGAGUUUUCUGAUGCAAAUUCUGGGUUUUGAGAUUCUCUGAAGAAAAAGAUCGAAUUUACAACCGAAGGCAUGGGGAUGAGCAUUGUUUUUGCUCUUCUUUUAUGUUCACUUAAUGGGAUUUUAUCCGACGACACUGCCGAUGUAACAGUUAUUGUAAAGGGAUCUUCCACAAUUGCCGAGACCAACGAGAAUUUCGUGUGCGCCACUAUCGAUUGGUGGCCUCCCGAGAAGUGUAGCUACAAUCAGUGCCCAUGGGGACAGUCUUCUGUCCUAAAUUUGAAUCUAACCCACCCUUUCCUAGCCAAUGCUAUCAAAGCUUUUAAUCCUCUGAGGAUAAGAGUCGGAGGCUCUUUGCAAGACCAAGUUGUAUAUGGCAUGCCGAAUUUGGGACAUCCGUGUGUUCCAUUCUCGAAGAAGGCAGGCGGGUUGUUUGGAUUCUCCCAAGGAUGUUUAAGCAUGGAAAGAUGGGAUGAGCUUAAUGAUUUGUUCCUGAAAACUGGAGCAAUUAUUACAUUUGGUCUUAACGCACUUUACGGGAGGCAUCCUAUUCGAAAGGGCAUCUGGGGAGGUGCUUGGAAUUCAAGUAACACUCGCAAAUUCAUAGAAUACACAAUCUCAAAGAGUUACCGAGUUGACUCGUGGGAAUUUGGAAACGAGUUAAGCGGGCACGGAGUGGGUGCGAGUGUCGGUGCCGAACAGUAUGGGAGGGAUCUCAUUGUACUUAAAUCCAUGCUUGAUGAGUUGUAUAGCAAAUCACGUACGAAGCCUUUGCUAUUAGCGCCAGGCGGGUUCUACGAACAGCAAUGGUAUGCUCAGCUUCUUCAGGUGUCAGGGUCGGGUACUCUCAACGGCAUGACGCAUCAUAUAUACAAUCUUGGCGGAGGUAAUGAUCCCCAUAUUGCAAGUAAGAUUACCGAUCCGCAGUAUUUAAGUCGCGUUGCCGAUACGUUCAGAGAUCUUCAACUCACUCUACAAAGACAUGGACCCUGGGCUUCUGCUUGGGUUGGCGAAGCUGGUGGUGCAUACAACAGUGGCAGUCGCCUCGUGUCAAAUACUUUUCUUAAUAGCUUUUGGUACUUAGAUCAACUCGGGCUAUCGUCGAAGUAUCACACUAAGGCUUAUUGUAGACAGACUUUAAUUGGUGGCUAUUAUGGUCUCCUCGACACCAAAACUUUCAUACCAAAUCCUGAUUACUACAGCGCAUUGCUGUGGCAUCGGCUAAUGGGGAAAGGAGUUCUUUCCGUUGAUAUUAGCGGCUCUCCAUAUUUACGCGCGUAUGCCCAUUGCAGCAAGCACAAGGCGGGCGUCUCCGUGCUCCUGAUCAACUUAAACCGAAGUAGGAGCUUCACCGUCACCGUCCGAAACGACAUCAACGUCGACCUCGCAGCGGGGGCCGGGAUCGCACGCGAUGGCUCACUCACCUACGACAUCAAACGGACGGUGUCGUGGGUCGGAAGCAAAGCAUCGGACGGCCCGGAGAAGAGAGAAGAGUACCAUCUGACGGCCCAAGACGGGAACCAUCUGAGCAGAACCAUGCUGUUAAACGGCACUCCUUUGGAGCUCACCGAAGACGGAGAUGUUCCUGCCAUGGAACCUCUGUUAGCUCCGGUUAAUUCAGCUAUUUAUGUUGCUCCAAUGUCAAUGGCAUUUGUGGUUUUCCCGAAUUUCGAGGCUCGAGCUUGCGGCCGGUAGCUUAUUAAGAUGAUUCUGUUCAUAUUGUUUUUCUAAUGUGAGAAAUAUAGUUUGAUAUAUGUUGUUGUUGGUGGAAAAUCGAUUGUUUAUAAGAGAUUGAGCAGUGGAUCAGAGAGGCCCUGCAAUUUCUUUUCUUUUUUUUUUCCUCUCUCGAAUAAGAUGUAUGAUUAGUUGUAUAUCAUUGUUGUGAAUUUUGAGUUUCUAGAUUCCACCUAAA